UGCGUCGCCUGUUCCAUCCAUCCAUUCAUCGACCAGCCACUUCACACAGGCAAACAAGUGGUAGAGGUUCAGGCAUGGCAGCUCCGAGAGCGCUCGUCCUCGCCGUCCUGCUCGUGAUUGCCAUCGCCAACGCGGAGGCGACGUCGGUGGUCAUCGGCCUGGCCAAGUGCGCCGACUGCACCAGGAAGAACAUGAAGGCCGAGGAAGCCUUCAAGGGUCUACAGGUGGCGAUCAAGUGCAAGAAAGUCGACGGCGAGUACGAGAGCAAGGCGGUGGGUUCCCUCGACGGCACCGGCGCCUUCAGCGUGCCCCUCGCUUCUGACCUCCAUGGCGCCGACUGCGUGGCUCAGCUCCACAGCGCCGCAUCCAACGCGCCGUGCCCCGGCCAGGAGCCAUCCAAGAUCGUGCCGCUGUCCGAGGGCACCACCUUCGGUGUCAUCGCCGGCGCCAACACCGCCACCCCAUCCGUGGCGUCGCCCGAGUGUGCGUCCAUGACCUUGUGCGGGCCGAUCAAGAAGCACAUCAUCGAGCACUUCCACCACAAGAAGCCGGUGCCACCGAAGCCGGAGCCGAAGCCCCAGCCUCACCCGGACUACCACCCCGUGCCCAAGCCGGAGCCGAAGCCGCAGCCCCACCCAGACUACCACCCCGUCCCUCCCACGCCCACCUACGGUGGCGGCGGUGGCGGUGGAUACCACGGACACCACUGACUCCAGUGAUCCAGUCUACCACCCACCCGCCCAGCACUGAAGUCCCCAUGGUUUCGUGCUCUGAGUGACGUUGCUAUUUAUGAUCGCCGCAUGCACAGUUGGUUUGGCCUUUUAUUAUUCCCUACCCCGUUUUCCAGUAUUUGCAGAAUGAGUUCAGAAUAACUAUUAUGAGGGUCAGUGUGUCAGGCAAGUGUGUGGGUGUUGUUGGAAUCUUGUCAUGAAAGAUCAAUUCGCCGGCCUUCCUAGUGAAGAUGCCGCUACUCAUCUAAA